GUUUGUGAAAUUUAGAAAUAGACCUAUAUAUUUAGCCAGGGACAUUAUUUGACGUUAAACACAGUCGCAUCUCAAAACAAAACGUGUACUAGUUGCUACAUAGUGCCAUACAUCCGUACUCGGUAGUAUGUGAAAAUUACACUGUGAGGCUUAGUACGCUAGUAUGGGCUUUCUGAGGUAGACCUGUGGUGUGUGUGCGCAUGCGCACGAGCCGGUUGUACCUUCGCGAGUUACCGGCGGUCACCGAGGUGUUGAUGUUGUAAACCGGUACCGGGGAGGUAUAAAAGCGCAAUGGAGACGCCUGAGCGCUGAGAGUGGACCCGUAAACAGAAGAUGCUCUCCUUGACUCUGGUGUUGCUCCUCAGUGCUGCUGCUGGAGAAGCGGCGACUGACCGUUGCGCGGAUGGAGCAGCUCCGUCCUCGACUCCGGCUCUGACUCCGGCUCCGUACCGCUCCGGUGCUGAGGAGUCCCGCCGUCCCGGGCUCGCUUUGGCCCGCUCGGCUGAGCAACCGACCCCUACUACGGUCCACGACGACGGGUCUCACCACCACGGAGGGGGUUACAGGAUAGUACAGUGGGAAUGGAGCUACGUACAGACCCCGUACAUCAUUGCCAUUUGGCUCUUAUUGGCCAGCGUCGCCAAAAUAUUGUUCCACCUCUCACAGCGCUUCACCACCGUGGUCCCGGAGAGCUGCAUGCUGAUUCUGUUGGGUCUGGUCCUGGGUGGUGUGGUGCUCAUCGCCAGCAAGAAGCAGCUCUACCAGCUGGACCCAGGCCUCUUCUUCCUCUUCCUGCUCCCCACUAUAGUAGGGGAUGCUGGAUAUUUUAUGCCGGCUCGCUUGUUCUUCGACAACCUGGGUGCCAUUUUGAUGUAUGCGGUGGUGGGGACUCUGUGGAACGCCUUCUGUACAGGGUUCUGUCUCUACGGAGUGAAGCAGGCAGGGGUCAUCGAUGAUAAGGUGGAAGCAGGCCUGAUGGAGUUCCUGCUGUUCGGAGCACUGAUCUCAGCCGUGGAUCCUGUCGCUGUGCUGGCUGUGUUCGAGGAGGUCCACGUUAACGACAUGCUCUUCAUCAUCGUCUUCGGCGAGUCGCUCGUCAACGACGCGGUCACUGUGGUGUUGUAUAAGGUUUAUAUCUCCUUUGUAGAGGUGGGGCCAGGAAAUGUCCAAACAGUAGACUACUUUAAAGGCGUCGCCUCCUUCCUCAUCGUCAGCAUCGGUGGGACGAUGGUGGGACUGAUCUUCGCUGUUAUCCUGGCCUUCAUCACUCGUUUCACCAAGAGAGUACGCAUCAUCGAGCCUCUGUUCGUCUUCCUGCUGGUGUAUCUGGCUUAUCUAACAGCUGAACUCUUCUCUCUCUCAGCUAUUCUCUCAAUGACCUUCUGUGGCAUCGGAUGCAACAAGUACGUGGAGGCCAACAUAUCCCAGAAGUCCCGCACUGCCGUCAAGUACACGAUGAAGACUCUGGCCAGUAUUGCUGAGACCAUCAUCUUCAUUUUCCUUGGUAUUUCAGCUGUGGACAAAUCCAAAUGGGCCUGGGAUACUGGCCUGGUCGUGUGCACGCUCAUAUUCAUCUUUGUCUUUAGAGCCAUGGGUGUAGUGGGACAGACCUGGAUUCUGAACAAGUUUCGACUGGUUCCCUUGGAAAAGAUCGACCAGGUGAUGAUGUCCUACGGUGGCCUGAGAGGUGCAGUAGCUUUCGCCUUGGUGGUAUUGCUGGAUGGGGAACACGUGAAGGCGAAGGAUUACUUCGUCGCAACGACCAUCGUUGUGAUUUUCUUCACGGUCAUGUUUCAGGGUCUGACCAUCAAGCCUCUGGUUAAAUGGCUCAAGGUUCCUCGCAGCACUAACAGAAAACCUACCAUUAAUGAGGAGAUCCAUGAGCGUGCCUUUGACCACAUUCUAGCUGCAGUGGAAGACAUCGCUGGUCUUAAUGGUUACCACCACUGGAGGGACAAAUGGGAACAGUUCGACAAAAACUAUCUGAGUAAACUGCUGAUGCGCAAAUCCGUGUACCAUAAAAGCGAGCUGUGGGAGGCGUACCAGAAAAUCAACAUCAGAGACGCUAUCAGUGUUAUUGACCAGGGUGGAAACGUUCUGACCUCUGCUAGACUCUCCCUCCCCUCUAUGGCCAGCAGGACUUCCUUUCCAGAAAUGACCAACGUUACAAACUACCUGAGAGAGAAUGGUAGUGGGGUUUGCCUGGAUCUUCAGGUGAUUGACACAAACCCUGGUGCAAAGGUCGAGGAGGAAACUGAAACGCAUCACGUCCUGGCUGGGAAUCUGUACAAACCCAGGAGACGGUACCAAUCUCACUACAGUCGCCACUUCAUGACGGCGGGUGAACAGGAGAGACAGGACCGGGAGGUGUUCCAGAGAAACAUGCGUAACCGUCUGGAGUCCUUCAAAUCCACUCAGUACAAACGACACAAGAAGGACCGCAGCCAGAAAAAGCGCAAAGGUUCAGAUGCGAAGGAACAGGAUACUAUUGAAAAGCCCAGGAGAAACGUCAGCUGGCAAGACAAAGACCCUGUGGUAGUGCCCCUGGAGCCUGGGGAAGAGAAAGGGGAGCACUCGGAGCCAGAGAAAGAUGAGGAUGUUGGGAUCACCUUUGUGGCCCAGAGGGGUUCAGAAACACCAAAGGUGCAACCCAAAUCAGACUCAGCUGUUCAGAGCCCGACUGCUGCUCCCCCAUCUCCCACAUGUGGAGAGAAAAACCUGCCAUGGAAGGAAGAUGUAGACUCUCUGCCUCCAUGUGUGUCCAGCGAGGCCACUAAAAUCAUCCCCAUAGACCUGCAGGAGGCCUGGAACCAGAGCAUCUCCUCGCUAGAGAGUCUGGCCUCGCCUCCGGUCAUUCAAGAACCGCAGCACCCUCACAUCAACACCCUCUCCAGACUCGCCGCACCCACACGGCCUCCCACUUCAGCCCAGUUCCACUUCCCUGGAGGCAAAGACGAGGAGGAUGAGAGCGCUCUCUCUCAGCAGCAACAGGAAAUGCAGCCUCUCAUGAUAUCCAAGCGGCAGACACCCCAUUCUCUCCCACCCUCUGCCGCACUGCCUUCUGGGAAGAGGAGGAAUCCGUGCAUUUAUCUAAGGAGUCUAGUAACAACACCACCGUCAAACAGUGUACCACACAGCAGAAAACCAACACAGCUGUAGUUUAGGAGUUGUUUUCUCUCUUUCAUUAGAUCUUUAUAGAUCUCCUGCUUUUGGAGCCUCCGUUAACUCAUGCUGCUGGCUAAUACGAUACCCUCGUGCUGACGUUAUUUCUUAUAAAUAUACCUUCCACCUUUUUGUUUUUAAAAAGUCAGCACUGAGGUGAAGGAAAGUUACGACUCCACAGAUCGGACCUUAAAGAAAUUACUUGCUGACUAGCAGCACCUGCGCUCUUACUGCAAGGCAGUUCCUCUUACAUGGAAAAAUCUCUCCACUUCUCGUGUUUUUCUUCUUUUCUUUGUGCGCUCCAAAUGCAUGGCGAGAUAUUAGCACAGAGCAAGGGGCUCUUGGGUGUGUCAGUCUAUCAUGGCUUCCAUUUACAAGCCAACCCCAAACUCGGAAAACCCAAAAAACUGAAAGAAUGUCCGAUUGCCAUUUGGCAGUGCCGUAACUGUAUAACUUUAUUCUUCGACUCCGCCCAGUCAUCCAAAAGCAAAACAAAAGCGAGAGAAUAAGAGGCAUUCAGUCCAGCCAAACCUCACUCUUAAGAGCCCAGAUUCCACUUUCUGAAUGACUCUUGGCUGAAAAGAGCAGUCCAUUCUCCCCUGCUGCACUCAGAGAGCAAAAGGAACCAGUGCUCCAUGUCAGUGGGUUCUCGAAGGGGCACAAAGCCAGCCUGCUGUCCUCACACACAGUGCGUGAACUGGAUAUACUCUAUACUGCAUGCUUAUAGAUGUACAUCAUAAACGCAGUGUGAUCUCUUUAACACAUGAGCAGGACAGCAAUUUAUAGUCGAGAGGGGAUAUAAGAUCUGUGCUUCUAAUCACUGUGCUGUUUGCUGGAUUGAACCGCUAGUCUAGUUUGCUCUCGUUAUAGCACUUUCUCUAAGCCUUAUUUCAUGUCAUCUAUAUUGUAUUUAUUUUCCCCUCUUUGCACUUACCGAAGAAGGACCAACAUGUACGUAUGUAGAAUAAAACAAAAGCCUAAACGAACGUCCUAUACACCCACCCUCUAUAUUUAUGACCGUGUCUCUCCGUGUGUGUUGUGUCUGUAAUCCAGCUACUGGAUAUCCACUUUGUAGAAAUCUCAGAUAUGUCUUAUAUGAGCAUUUUAUUGUAAUCACAAUGACAGUAUACAAAUGCACAUAAAAAAAGAGUUUAUUCAUAAAUAUAUAUUUAUUUGAAACGGUGGUCAUUUGGACCGCCAGAGAGACCUAAGAUUCAUAGCACAUCAAACCUCUGUGUUGGAGAAACUAUCCCUUUAUGCUUGUGGAUUAAAGUAGUAUUAUAUGCAAAGCUUAUGAUUUGCACCUCAAGAUCAAAAGCCAUGUAAAAACCCAGAUUUGUUCAUGUUUAAGCUGCUAGCUCAUGUUUUCUUGGUUUCUGUUAUAAACGUCUUGAAAUAUGUCGUGCCUUUAGAAGGAGUCUGGAUCGUUCUGUGUAAGGGACCUCGAUAUCUGUCGUGCCUGGCAAACAUUGAAGAGCAUUUCGGUGUUGUGAUGUCUCGCCUAACCUCGCGUUUGUCGGAUAGUCAGCCGUAUCACUUCGGAUUUUUUUUAAUUCACAUAUACAUGUGAUGUGCACCUGUUUUACUGCACAUUUGAAACUGUUUUCAUACGAUCUGCCCACUGGGUGUUCUGUUGAAAUUAGACGAACAGUCUGUGUGCCAAAUGUUAACCCGGGGUAAUGUCCAAGCGUAAAGCUAAUAAAAGAAGAAAGCUUUCUUACAGUAA